GCCAUCGUCCCGCCUCGCCGCCGAGGAGGAGGAGAUCACAACGGCGCCGCCACGACCCGGACACAAACCCACGCUCAUCACCGCCUUCGGGGGAAAACAAACCCCACUCGUGGUGUUUUUUAAAGUGUUAUUUUGCCGGGGGUGUGUGUGUGUGUGUGUUUGUUUGAUCGCCGUGGCCCUGGGUCGGAGGUGGGAGGUCAUCGUCACAGAGACGGCAUGAUGGCGGCGACAGCGGCGGCUUCUUCGAGGAAAGUCUUCGAGAUCUUCGUCUCUCGCGUCCCCUGGACUCUGGCCAGCAAAGAAAUCAAGGAAUAUUUUGGACAGUUUGGGCCAGUGAAGAAAUGUCUGCUUCCAUUUGACAAGGAGAAUGGAUUUCACAAAGGAUUCUGUUGGGUUGCCUUCAGUACAGAAGAAGGGCUUGAAAAUGUGCUACAGAAGGAAGUGCAUCUCAUUGAAGGCACAAAGCUUCAAGUUCAGAGAAACAGAAAAUUAUUCCAAGGACAAAGAGCAAACAGAAUCACUGAAUCAGCUCAUUGAUACCAAGUAUGGAGGAUGUAGCUCAAUAUGUUUGACUUAAAGUUGGUGAAUAAACAGUUGUGAUGUUUAAAA